CUCUUUCUUCUAGCUCUCUCCAGCGCUCCUAUCGCUCUUCAAUUUUAGUUGUGCACUUYGAGAYAACAACAAAGCACGACACAACUCAAGCGAACCAAAUAAAAUCAUCUCAUUUGAGUUACAYGUGAUAGAAGACGCUAUGAAAGUCUCUGCACCUGCAACCGCAACUUCGAUGGCUUCCUUAAUUGCAUCCACGGCAGCUCUGUCAAUUUCUCCUUCUCCCAAGCCGAAGACGGAACCACAUCAACACCAUGCAAGCCACAAUAGUCUGUUGCGAGCCCAGCAACAAAGCGYAUCAACACCCUACGAUAUUGCGUCGGACGAWGGCAUUGCGAUCACGACUUUUUCCAAAAACGAGGGAGAUAAAGAGCAGAGUCACCGUUCUUCCGUGAUGAAACCAGCCCCCUGCGAUUAUGAAGUCAACCUCGAAGCUUGGUCACAGAUAUCUUCCGUUGUUAAGAGUAAUGACGGCCUAGGCCUCGAAAUCCGUGUCGAGUGGAAGCCCGAAGACGAUAUUGUUCAGGUGGCACGAUACGUCGUUGGCGAAACAAACCCUUGGUUCGUCGAUGGCCGGAAUCUCAAACUUUAUCCGGCUGCUCGAUUGCUGAAUCUCGUAUCGAGCAUGAAAGCCUACGUCGAUAUUUGUGAAUCAAGUCUGCACGAUAUUGAGAUGUACAGGCUCAAACUUUCCGCUAUGUACGGAGAUUCGGCGACGCGGUGUCCCUUAUGGCAUAUUGAUAACGUCCCAAUUCGCUGGAUACAAACCAUGCUAGGACCUGGGACAAGCUAUGUGGACGAUGAAUCGAAACCCAACAAGUACCUACACCGUGUUCGCUACCCCGAUAGAGAGAUGUUGACACAACAGGAGCAGGACAUCGGCAGCGGACGACGUCAUUGGAAAGACGUUUGUGUAGAAAAAUCCCACGCUCCAAUUCAGCAAGCUACUGAGGGAGAACCCAUUGUUUUACCAGGCUACCGAUGGUCCGAGACGUCGAGACAGCACCACCAUCCACCGCAAUCUGUAACGAAUGGUAAUGGAUAUCUACCGGUGAUUCAUCGGUCACCUCACGAUGUGCCAAAGGAUCAGGGCCGCAUUCUUCUCAACCUUGACGUAAUCUGUGGUGACCACAAGUGUGACUGCUGCUAAUAGAACACGAACCGAGCGGAACCYAGACCUAAUAAUCAAACGAUUACUUU